AUGUGGUUACAUUAUUUAUUAUUUGUUAUGUUAAUUGUUUCAAUUGAUGCAUCAGAAAGAAAACUGUACGAACAAAAAUUGUCAUCAGUUGACGUUGAACUUAUUUCAUUUGCAAACACAUCGCUAGUGAAAUAUUUCCGUCAUGAUGAACAUGUUCGUCCAGUAUAUAUUGUUCAAGUAAAAACUGCUGUUGAUUUAGAACAAAGUCAUCAAAUAUAUACUGUUCAUUUUCAAGUUGUUUCAACCGACAACAAUGUUAUGUAUGAAUGUCCUGUAUCGGUUUAUGAUGAUCCUGUAGGGCAUAUUCGCGCUCUUGUUCGUUCAAUUAUUUGUAUUUCACUUGAACAAGAUCCUCAAAAUCAAAAAUUAAUCGGUGGUGAUAUUCAGCGUAAUGCUAAAAAAAUUCCUUAUCCAUUUUUAUAUGGAACAAAAGUUCCUGUAGAACAUAUUACUGAUGAUGAAUCCAAUGAUUACGAUAAAGAAUUAUUCAACAGAUUUCAAAGAAUUCAUCAAAAACUUUAUCUUGAUGAUGAAGAACAACAAAAACGAUUUAUAGUUUUCAAAAAUAAUCUUAAUCGAAUUGAAGUGUUAAAUGAACAAGAAGAGGGCAGUGCUAUUUAUGGAAUAACACACUUGAGUGAUCUUAAUGAAGAAGAAUUCACUCAGUACUAUUUAAAUGAACAUCUUUCGUUUUCAAAACAUAUUUCACAAUCUUCAUUGUCUCAAAAAGAUCCAUUAGAAGUUUCACCAGAUGCAUUUGAUUGGCGUGAUCAUGAUGCUGUUACUGAUGUCAAAAACCAAGGUCAAUGUGGUUCUUGUUGGGCAUUUAGUGUUACUGGAAACAUUGAAGGUGUUUGGAAAGUUAAAAAAGGCGAUUUAGUUUCUUUAUCGGAACAAGAAUUAGUUGAUUGUGAUAAAGUUGAUGAAGGAUGCAAUGGAGGAUUUAUGACUCUUGCUUAUGAACAAAUCAUUAAUAUGAGCGGUCUUAUGACAGAACAAGAUUAUAAAUAUGAUGGAAAACAACACCCUCAAUGUCAACUCGAUAAAACAAAAAUCAAAGUUAAUAUUGAAGGAUAUUUAAAUAUAACAUCGGAUGAAAAUGAAAUGGCUGAAUGGUUGGCGAAUAAUGCACCGAUCUCAAUUGGACUUAAUGCAAAUAUGAUGCAAUUUUACUUUCGUGGUGUUGCUCAUCCUCAUCGUAUUUUCUGUAAUCCACAAGGACUUAAUCAUGGUGUUUUACUUGUUGGUUAUGGCACUGAAAUAAAAAGUUCAAAAUCAAUUCCAUAUUGGAUUAUAAAGAAUAGUUGGGGUACACAUUGGGGUGAAAAGGGUUAUUAUCGUUUAUAUCGUGGUGAUGGAUCAUGUGGAGUUAAUUUAAUGUGCUCAUCAGCAAUUGUUAAUUAA